AUGAAGUCAUCAAACAUCUUACUCCAGUUCUUGGCAACAAUAUUAUUUUUUCUAGCCAUUUCAGUGCCACAAUUACAUGCAAAUAUUGAAGCAACAGGACGUCGCUUCCUUCUGCAGGCUUAUUCUACGCCUCCGCGGGCUGCGAUGACUUGCAACAAGUACCCGAUUGUUUGUCGAGGCAAGGGCAGUCCGGGGCCUAACUGCUGCAACAAGCAAUGUGUCAAUGUGCUGACAGACAAACUCAACUGCGGAAAGUGUGGAAAGAAAUGCAAGUACUCAGAAAUGUGUUGCCAAGGAGCGUGUGUGAAUCCUUCUGUGAAUGAGAAACAUUGCGGCAAAUGCAACAACAAGUGCAAGAAGGGAGGCUCCUGUGUUUAUGGAUUAUGCAGCUACGCCUAG